AUACAGAUCAUACGUCAGUUUUUUAACCAUAUACCCAAAUCGUUAUCUGAUCCAAAUUUCUGACUUUUUUUCCUUUUUCGAAUCCCUAUAUGAUCUAUUAAAUCCAAUCUGUGCCAAAUUGCAGUGCUAUUAAAUUUAUUAUUUUUCAUAUUUUCUCUGUAUUUUUUUAGAAAGAAGUAUUAGCCUGUUCUUGAGUUCUUUUCCCUUUUCUGAGUUUUUUUUUUUGAGAAAUUUUAGUUUUUUUGGUUGAUUCCUAGAACCCCUUUUGAUUUUGGUUUGUGGGGUUGCAUAAAAAUUGAAUCUUGAUUUCUGGGUGUGUUGGGUUUUGUGCUUUUGUCAAGUUCUUGUUGGUGUUUGAGCUGAAUUGACAAGAUUUUGUACAAAGGGAAAUGUUGAAACAGGAAAAGAUUGGGAAUUUAUCUCUUUGACUUUCCUAAAUUUGAGGUAUUUUCUUUGAUCUAGUAGUUCUAUUCUUGAACUUUAACUUAGCUUUGUUAAUUUCUGGUUCAAUCUGAUUCCUUUGAAUCUUGUGAAUAACCUUUGUCAAAGUAUCAUUAGUUUUUGUGUUACUUUGAUAUUCAGAGCUUGUACAAACCUUUGUUGUGCUAAUCUUGUUCAAUUGGUAUAAGUUUAGAGCCUUUAGAUUAUUAGGUAUUUGUGUAUUGGUUGUCUUAACAUUUUGCUGAGCAACCUAUAGGAACCAGUUCCUUUGUCCAUUUGAGAUGGAUAUAAGUAAUGAGGCUACUAUUGACUUCUUUGCUAUUGGACCUUCUACGAUAUUGGGUCGAACAAUUGCCUUUAGAGUCUUGUUUUGCAAGUCGAUUACGCAGUUGAGGCAUCGUUUGUUUCAUUUCUUGGUGUAUUACUUGUACAAGUUUAAGAAUGGAUUUUCGUACUAUGUGACACCUUUGAUUUCGUGGUUGCACCCUCGCAAUCCACAAGGGAUAUUGGCAUUAGUAACGCUUCUCGCCUUCUUGUUGAGGCGGUAUACUAAUGUAAAAGUUAAGGCUGAGAUGGCUUAUAGGAGGAAGUUUUGGAGGAAUAUGAUGAGAUCUGCCUUGACUUAUGAGGAGUGGGCUCAUGCUGCUAAGAUGUUGGAUAAAGAGACACCUAAAUUGAAUGAGGCAGAUCUUUAUGAUGAAGAAUUAGUUCGAAAUAAACUUCAAGAGCUUCGACAUCGUAGGCAAGAGGGUUCUCUAAGAGAUAUCAUUUUCUGUAUGAGAGCUGACCUUGUAAGGAAUCUUGGUAAUAUGUGCAAUUCAGAACUUCACAAGGGAAGGCUUCAUGUGCCUAGACUUAUUAAGGAAUAUAUUGAUGAGGUUUCAACUCAGUUGAAAAUGGUAUGUGACUCUGAUUCAGAGGAGCUUCUGUUGGAAGAGAAGCUUGCUUUCAUGCAUGAAACAAGACAUGCAUUUGGUAGGACGGCUUUGCUUUUAAGUGGAGGUGCCUCUCUAGGAGCUUUCCAUGUUGGUGUGGUGAAAACGCUUGUAGAACACAAGCUUCUGCCACGGAUAAUUGCUGGUUCAAGUGUUGGAUCGAUUAUGUGCUCCAUAGUUGCGACUCGAUCUUGGCCUGAGCUCCAGAGUUUUUUCGAAGACUCCUGGCACUCCUUGCAAUUUUUCGAUCAGUUGGGUGGAAUUUUUACUAUUUUCAGGAGGGUCAUGACCCAGGGUGCUGUACAUGAGAUCAGACAGCUGCAGGUGCUUUUACGCAAUCUCACGAAUAAUCUUACUUUCCAAGAAGCCUAUGACAUGACUGGUAGAGUUCUGGGGAUUACCGUUUGCUCCCCCAGGAAACAUGAACCUCCUAGAUGCUUGAAUUACUUGACUUCACCUCAUAUUGUUAUAUGGAGUGCUGUGACUGCUUCUUGUGCCUUCCCUGGUCUCUUCGAAGCUCAAGAACUGAUGGCAAAGGAUAGAAGUGGAGAUCUUGUUCCAUAUCACCCACCAUUUCAUUUGGGACCUGAUGACACUUCUGAUGCAUCUUCUCGUCGAUGGAGGGAUGGUAGCUUGGAGGUAGAUUUGCCAAUGAUGCAGCUAAAGGAGCUCUUCAAUGUCAAUCACUUCAUUGUGAGCCAGGCGAAUCCGCAUAUCGCUCCUUUACUGAGGAUCAAGGAGUUUGUAAGAGCUUAUGGAGGCAACUUUGCUGCCAAGCUUGCCCAGCUUGCUGAAAUGGAGGUGAAGCACAGAUGCCAUCAGGUGUUAGAACUUGGUUUUCCCUUGGGAGGAAUAGCAAAGCUUUUUGCUCAAGAUUGGGAGGGUGACGUAACUGUUGUGAUGCCUGCCACUCUAGCUCAGUACUCGAAAAUCAUACAGAACCCUUCUACUCUGGAGCUGCAAAAGGCAGCAAAUCAAGGAAGAAGGUGCACUUGGGAAAAACUCUCGGCCAUGAAAGCAAACUGUGGAAUUGAGCUUGCACUUGAUGAGUGUGUUGCUAUUCUGAAUCACAUGCGUAGACUGAAAAGGAGUGCCGAGAGAGCGGCUGCUGCUUCUCAGGGCUUGUCAAGCACUGUCAGAUUUAAUGCUUCCAGAAGAAUUCCUUCUUGGAACUGCAUUGCACGAGAGAAUUCAACAGGCUCCCUUGAAGAUUUUCUUGCGGAUGUUGCUGCUUCACAUCAUCAAGGAGGCGGGGCACAUGCCACCCGAAAUUGGAGAACACAUCGUAGCACGCAUGAUGGCAGUGACAGUGAGCCCGAAAAUGUGGACCUUAACUCUUGGACAAGAUCUGGUGGUCCUCUGAUGAGGACAACAUCUGCUGAUAAGUUUAUCGACUUUGUCCAGAACUUGGAACUUGGUUCACGAUUGAACAAAGGAUUGACUAUUGACCUCAACAAUCUCGUUCCUCAGAUGGCUGGUAGGGACCUGUUCUCCCCAAGCCCAAGGGUAACAACACCAGAUAGAACUUCAGACACCGAAUUUGAUCAAAGAGAUUUCAGUAUUAGAGUCUCCGCGAGUAGUUCAAGCAUUAUGGUAGGUGAAGGUGACCUUCUACAGCCUGAAAGGACUAACAACGGUAUUGUCUUCAACGUGGUAAGAAAAGGAGACUUAACCCCAUCGAAUAAAAGCCUCGAUUCAGAAAAUAACAGUUCUGUGCAGGACACAGUUGCUGAGUGCGUGCAACUUGACAGUCCAGAAAGGGAGAUGGAUAUUAGCUCAGUAUCUGAGGAUGGUGAGGACUACGUUGAGCAAGAAAGUGGUAAGAAUAAUGAAGUUGAUUCCGUUCACUCUAGUGAAAAUCGUUCAACCAUUGAUGAUGGUGAAGAUAAACAAGUUAUCGACAAGCAAGUUAUCGAUCAUUGAGAAAACAAGGUUCGUUUAGCUUUGAUUAUUCUGCACAGGACA